CGCGUUGAGAAACUCCCGCAGCAAUCGCCCGCCAUGGGCUUGCGGUGAUGGCGGGGGCUGGGGAUGCAACCGCUGAUUUGCAUCCAAAGAGGCCUGGACUCGGUGAGGCUGGAAGUAUCUCCCGGAGAUUUGCAACCGCCUUGGUCUGUGCAGGUCCUGGUUCCCGGCUCCUGGCUGCAGAGCGAGCGCUGGGCUGAGCUGGUGGAAGGCAAAGACUGCCGCACCAGCCAAGAGCGGCACCUCUACCACGUGAGGAUCUGGGGUCUCAAUGCUGAGACAUGCUACAGCUUUCGCAUUGUGGAGCCGUCCGACACGGAGGACCGGGUCUUGGGCCGCUGCGACGUGGAGACUUUGGGCCGGCCUGCUUGCGAGAAAGUCCGGUGCCUGCGGCGGUGGCCGGACCGGCUGGAGCUGCAGUGGUUGGCAAAGACCCCAUUGCGUGCCCCCGUGCUCGAGUGCCAGGUCCAGGUGGCCGACUUCUUCAGCUGGCAGGAAGUCGCGCUGAGCGAGAUGAAGGUUCAGGAGGCGCCCACGCCGGCCAAGGCUGACGCGGAGUUGCGGGAGGAGACGUGGCAGGGCCUGGUACCCAAGCUCAAGGUGGCUUCGGGGUACAAGUUCCGCGCGCGGGCGCGGAACAGCGCGGGCUGGAGCGACUUCUCGGAGCCUUCGGAGUGCCGCACCUCCGACGUGCCCAAGGCGCCAGAGAAGCUGCGGCUGCUGCAGCGGAAGCCGCAGAAAGUGGAGGUGGAGUUCGAGUUUGAAGACGCGGAGGGUUGCCCCGUCUCCCACAUCGAGCCGGAGUUCUGCGUGAAGUCGGAGGCGGCCGGCGCGGUGCUUCCUGGGGAGAGCGGAGAUGGGGUGAGCGUGCUGGACUUUACCAGCUGGUGGUGGCAGACCCCGGAGUACUUUGAAGUUCAAGUGAAGGAGGUCGACGGGGCCACUGACUCUCAGAAGUCCGCAGGUAUGCUAGGUGCUCGCAGUGGAUCCAUUACCGUCGCUGGCCUCAAGGCGGAGCAGACGAUUUGGCUGCGCCUGUGGGCGGUGAACCAAGCAGGUCGAUCUGCGAAACCUUCCCAGCCUUUGCCGUGCCGACCUUCCGACAGGCCGGGCCAGGUGGAGGAGCUGCGGGUCACCUUGCGGGGCGCCACCUGGCUGGAGCUGCAGUGGCGGACGAGGGACCCGGAGGGCGCCCCUGUGACCAACUGCCGCCUGGAGGCGAGCCGCGCCAACUUCAUCCGCAGCUGGACUCCCAUCGCCAAGAGCGACCUCUGGCGGAUCUCCGCGAACUUGUGGCGCGCCAGGGCCAACAACUUGGAGCGUGAGGCAGACUACCAGGUGCGGGUCGUUGCCUGCAACGACGUGGGCUGGUCACUGGAGCCUCUGCAGAUGGGCUGCCGCACGGCCGAGCGCCCGCACAAGCCCCGGCAGCUGCAAUGCGUGGACGCAGGUAAGAGCCACAUCCGCAUUGAGUUCAAGGUAGCCUCCAACUUCGGCCAGGAGGAACACAUCAGCAAGGUCUCUGUGGAGGAGAGCGGGGUGCUGGUCUGGAGCGAGCUGCCGCCCGAGCGCUUGGACUUCGAACACCUGGGCUCCGUAUCCGCCUCCGAGGCCGCGCCGUUGACAGAGGAUCUGGGACCUUUCUGGGACGCAGAGAUGAGCUUUAAAUCCUUUGCGGUGAUUGUGAGGGGCUUAGAGCCCAACUCCUUCUACAACUUCCGGCUGGCAGUCGCCAAUGAGGUGGGCUGGAGCUUGCAGAAGUCCGAAGUUCUGCGCUGCAGCACGGUGUGCCGACCGGAGAAGCCCCAGCUCCUAGAGGGACGCAAGGCAGCCCAUGAGAUCAGGGUCUUCUGGGACCAGGCGGAUCCCUUGGGAGGACCGGUGGUUGACUGGGAGGCGCAGAUUUGUGAGGCCUCCAUCUUCUCGGCGUGGCAAAACUGCCAGUUCCUGGUGUUGCAGCAGCCGACCCUGGCGACCGGCUCCACGAAGACGGGCUCGGCCUUCGUAUCCUGGGAGGCGGAGUUUGGGUGCUUGAAGCCCGGCGUGGAGUAUCUGCUACGGCUGCGCACGGGGAACCUGGCAGGCUGGUCCGAGUGGUCUUCGCCGCUCAAGGCUUGGACCGCGCAGCCUCCGGCCAUCAGCCGCUGCACCUUGAUGCGAGCCGCGGCGGAGUCGGCCUCCGAGGGCGCCGUGGAUUGGAUCCUGGACAUCUUCCUCAAGGAUUCCGGGUGCCGGCCAUUGGUCUGCGCUGUGGACUUUGAGCCUCGGGAUGCGGCUAAGUACCAGGCCUUUGCGCGGCACACCUCGCAGCAGAACUGGAGGGCGCACUUCCCCAAGCUGCCGAAGGACCUGACCGCGGCCACGGCACAUGUCACUGCCGGCAGCGCGGCCGGGUGGUGCCAGCGAGUGACAGUGGCCUUGGAGAAGGAUGCGAUCGUGCAGGAGGCGCUGGCGUGUGGGGCGGAUGCAAAGGCUGUGGCGAACGAGGCCUUGCACUGCCUGCGCGAGUUUCUGUCCACGGAGGCGGAGCUUCUCAGUAGCCUGGAGCAGGAGAUGGACUCCUUCCUUCGUCGCGCACGGGCUGAGGGCCGCUGCAGCGCGCAGCACUUCCGACGCCUUGAGCACCGGCACGGCUUGCUGAGCCGCGCUCUGCAGGCGGUACGAGGCGUAGCGUUGGAGAAGGACGAGGCCUGGCUUUUGCGAUGUCAGAACCGCCUGGCGCACAAGGACGCGGUGCUGGACAAAGAGCGCGCGGGAGUAAGCCGCGGCGUGCAGGUGCACUGGGAGGACUUUUGGGAGGACGGGAGUCUCCUCUCGGGACUCCUCGCGGAUUUCGCUCUGCUGCUGGAGGGCUGCCUUGGGCUCCAGGAGCUGCGCGCUCAGCUGGAGCCCUCCUGGGCGAAGCUCUGCCACUGCGCCGAGGAGCCUCUCCACUGCGCCAAGCAUCUACGCCGAGUGGUGGCUGAGGACAACCAGAAAGCGGCCUCGGACUCUGGCGCACAUCAGCCGGCACGGGUGGUGCGCUUGUGGGCGCAGAAGCGGGAGACCUGGGCAACCAGGUUCGAGACCCAACUGGUGAGCCUCACCAGGCAGGCCGUGAUCACCGCCGCCCAGCUGCUGGCCCUCGCCCGCAGCCUCCCCGCGCCCUCCGCAGCGGCGGGCAGCGAGUUGCUGCGCUCCGCGCUGAAGAUCUCCAACAGGUGCGAUGCCUCCAACCUGGCCCUGGCCAGCUUCGACCCCUCUGUGCCCACCAAGCUGCGGGAGCAAACGCUCCAAGGUCUCAGCGCUCUGAAGAACCUGCGCUGGGCUGCGGACCACCAGCUGCGGAAGCUGCAGCGGGCUUUGG